UAAUCAUGAACACACUCGCCCAAGCAGCCGUUUAAACAAAGUUUACUUUGACAGUGAUGAGGUUUCCAACGCUCCAGGUUAUGCUAGUUUUUUUAUUCAGCCAAAGGUCGGAUACUUUUCUAACAGACCUCGUACACGGCGCUAGUCACAGUUAUUUCUUUAGCAGAACCCGGUGGACAAGGUUGACACACGCAAUGAGUUUUCUCAAGCAUUUUGAUGCUUCCAUGAUACCUCGGACGAGGGUUGAACUCCAUCUUCACUUAGAUGGCUCAAUACGACACGAAACAAUAUGGGAACUUGCACAAAAAAAGAGAAUCAACCUCGGAGUUAAAUCUCUCGCUGACCUUCAAACGAAACUCAUCAAGGUGGACUCGACUACCCUGGCAGAUUUUCUCGAUCGCUUUGCGGUAUUUAUGCCAACUGUUGUUGGCGAUUUGGAGGCUGUCGAAAGAAUUUCGUACGAAUUGUGCGAAGACCAGGCGAGAGAGGGCGCUGCGUACUUCGAGGCCCGAUAUUCUCCCCAUUUCCUAGCAUCGAAAGAGAAGUGCGUGACGCCAAAGCAAGUCGUGGAAGCCGUUAACUGCGGCCUGAGGAGAGGAGAAUGUGAUUUCCAGAUAAAAGCUCGAUCAAUCAUUGCUUGCGUCAUUGGCAACGACGAUUGGUCCAGGGAGUGUUUGAAAUUCUGCGAGGAAUACCAAAAUAAAGGCGUUGUUGGUAUCGACAUUGCGAAGGACGAAGCAAAGCUGCCUGAAUUUACGAAGGGAGAACUUGCAGUUUACGAGAGAGCAAAACAUUUGGGCAUAAGCAGAACAGCACAUGCGGGUGAAAGUGGCGGCUACCAAUCCGUCAUGGAUGCAAUGGUCAAGCUUCACUGCGACAGGGUAGGCCACGGAUACCGAGUCUUCCAAGAUCCUACCGGAAAAACAUUCAAGAUGGCGCAAGAAAAGAACCUCCACUUCGAGGCCUGCCCUUACUCCAGUGUUCUAACCGGUGGCUGCCCUCUGAGCUCACAAAAGCACUCGAUUAUCAGGUUCGCAGAGGAAGACGCCAACUUCUCAAUAAGUAAAGACGACACCACUAUCACCGGCAGUACUUUGGACGACGAAUACGAUUUCCUUAGGCAGCUUGGCUUAACUGAGGCGCACUUCAUCAGGGCGAAUCUGAACGCGGCUCGCUCAUGCUUCCUGUCCGCACCGGAGAAGAAAGAUCUGAUCGAAAGCCUCAAGGAAGAAUACGGCAUCAGCCCAAUGAAAGAGGCGGACAGGGACAAAAAUCGCUUACGGCCAGUACAACCGGUGCCGCCUGUGCGGCCCCUGCCGCCAAUACGGCAUUUCCAACCAACGAACCCUGGAGGUGCUCGUAAGAAGCGGGGUUUGUUGGCAAGACUAUGUUGCCCCUCCUAAUCAACGGUCGCACUAUUUAUGGAACUUCAUUUGUUUGGCUACAAUAAACACCCCGCGAAG